AGAGUAUCGACGCUAAUGCUGAUGCAGAGAACAACUACAAAUGCGCACAAUGGCCUUCUUCUUCUUCAUCAAGCUCCGGACUCAAAACCCAAAUCUCUGAGAAAGAAUCAAAGCCAAUAUUCGAUCAAUCAAGCUGGAGUGGAAGAAAGGGAAAGUGAACCCAUUCGUGAGGGGAAUAAGAUCGAGGUUAAUUAGGCCCAAAUCGAUGCCUUUAAAUGUAGUCAAUGAUCGUGAUGGCUCUUCUCGCAUUCUUUUGACCGACCCUGCCGGAUCAACUGCUGAGGUGCUUUUGUAUGGAGGGCAAGUGGUUUCUUGGAAAAACGAAAGGAGAGAGAAGUUGCUUUAUAUGAGCACCAAGGCGCAAUUGAAGCCACCAAAGGCGAUCAGGGGAGGGUUACCUAUCAGCUUUCCACAGUUUGGAAAUUUUGGUGCACUUGAGCGACAUGGAUUUGCCCGUAACAGAUUCUGGUCACUUGAUAAUGAUCCUUCACCUCUGCCUCCGGCUAACCAGCAAUCAACUGUUGAUUUAGUAUUGAAGUCUACUGAAGAUGAUUUGAAGAUAUGGCCUCAUAGGUGUGUACAGUUGAUAUCUCUCUUAGUCCAUUUCAAUCUCAUCGACAUAAUCUUUCUCUGCCUACUUCGUUGCAGCUUUGAACUUCGUGUUCGCAUAUCUAUCAGUCCUGGAAAACUUACAAUAAUCCCGCGUGUGAGGAACACUGACACAAAGGCAUUUUCCUUUAUGUUUUCACUUCGUAACUACUUAUAUGUAUCCGAUAUAAGUGAAGUUCGGGUUGAGGGUCUGGAGACGCUUGAUUAUCUGGACAACUUGAUGCGUAGAGAAAGAUUCACGGAGCAGGCAGAUGCAAUUACCUUUGACGGCGAGGUUGAUAAAGUGUACUUGAACACGCCGACAAAGAUUGCCAUCAUAGAUCAUGAGAGGAAAAGAACUAUCGAGUUGCGAAAGGAAGGCAUGCCAAAUGCAGCUGUGUGGAACCCUUGGGACAAGAAGGCCAAGAGUAUUGCAGAUAUGGGAGAUGAGGAUUACACAACAAUGCUGUGUGUAGAUUCUGGUGCUAUAGAAAGCCCAAUUGUGUUGAAGCCACAUGAAGAGUGGAAAGGAAGACAAGAACUCUCUAUCGUCUCCUCAAGCUACUGCAGCGGUCAGCUCGAUCCACGUAAGGUUCUUUAUGGGGAUUACUGAUAAUAUAUAUGAAAUCAAACUUGGAAACAUCAUCAGUCUUAUAUUUUGAUCGUCUUCAUGGAUAAAGCGAUUGAUGCCCAAACAAAUCUGAUAUGAUAUGAUUUUGUUUGGAGCUAUUGCCCUUUGUGAGUUUCUGACAGGCACACAGAAAGAUAGGCAAAUGUAGUAUUUUGUAACGUUGCCUUCUGUGUGGCGGUCAGGGACUUAUUAAUAUGUAUUAUGGUUCACCCGGAAACAUGAGUCUUAUAUUGAAUCGUCUUCUUCAUGAUC